AGAGUGAACAGACGAUGAGCGGAUGCGCCUGUGCGCGCGCCCUAUAUUAAUCUGUUAAAGCGAGAUCACUGUCUUUUCAGCACCAUUCAGAAACAAACCUGCCGGAGUAGAAACAACCGUUUCAAACUAACGGAGCUCGUUCUCUAUAAAAACCUGCGCUGGACUGUGUUUUUGUUCAACUUCCUUUUAAGAUUUAAAGUGGAUUUUAUUUUUAACAUUUCUGUAAAGGUUACAGGUACAGUCUACGAAUUUUUAACUGAAACUAUUAAGAGGUAUUGUUAACUUCAAUUAGAUACUCUUGUGUCAGUUUCCAAUCAAAGAUGUAUACAAAUGCUCAAUUUAUCCAGUUGGCGAUAAAAGCAUGAGAAGUUUGUAAUUUCAACAAAUAUUUUAAACGUGUGUAAGUGUGUGAAAGGAGACUUUUCGCAAGAAACAACGACUUAGGGCUUACAGUCAGUCGAGUAUGCAUGCUUUAAUAGUUGGAGUUUUAUACCUUUUGGGUGGACGCACGGUUAGCGCAAAUGAUGCGACAGGUAGCCGCUUCGUCUGCUCUGCCAUUCCUCCGGGCGCAGAGCCUGGCUGUCCGCUGGGCUCCCCCGGAAACCGCAUCCAGAAUACCAGUCCCGUGGAGGACGAACUGAGAACCACCAUCAUCCAACUCCGUGAGACCAUUCUUCAGCAAAAGGAGACUAUCGUCAGCCAACAAGGGACCAUCAAGGAACUGAACUCUAAACUUGCCCGCUGCGAGGCGGCUGCCGAUGACUCGAGCAAGUCCCGGGGUCAAAGCUCCAGGCGGAAGGAAUACAGCAAAAACACCAUGGGUGACCUGCCACGAGACCCAGCGGAGACCAUAGACCAGCUAGGAAAGACCAUGCAGAGCCUGAAGGGGCGUCUGGAGAACCUGGAGCAGCAGCAGCGCUCUAACAUGUCAGGCAGCGGCGGCAGGGGCGGAGCCUCCUUCCCGGCAGAGCUGAGGGAGCUCCUGAGGAGCCGUCUGGGAGCGCUGGAGGGCCAGCUGCUGAAGAAGGUGGCCGAGCUGGAGGAGGAGAAGAGCCAGCUCUACAACGACACUGCGGCCCACCGCCAGCGCACAGAGAGCACCCUCAGCUCCCUGCUGGAGAGGAUCUCCGAGUUGGAGAGGAGUAACAACGCAUUUAAGUCGCCUGAGGACUUCAAGGUGUCCCUGCCACUGCGUACCAACUACCUGUACGGACGCAUCAAGAAGAGUCUGCCUGAGAUGUACGCCUUCACCGUGUGUAUGUGGCUGAAGUCCAGCGCCAGCCCGGGUAUAGGGACCCCUUUCUCCUACGGCGUCCCAGGACAGGCUAAUGAAAUCGUUCUGAUAGAGUGGGGGAUUAACCCCAUAGAGCUGCUGGUCAAUGACAAGGUGGCCCAGCUGCCCCUAUCAGUAAGCGAUGGACGUUGGCACCACAUCUGUAUCACCUGGACGACUCGGGAUGGCUUCUGGGAGGCCUAUCAGGAUGGCGAACGCCUGGGCACUGGAGACAACCUGGCCCCCUGGCACCCAAUUAAACCUGGAGGAGUCAUUAUCCUGGGCCAGGAGCAGGACAUUGUUGGCGGGCAUUUCGAUGCCACCCAGGCGUUUGUGGGCGAGCUGAGCCAGUUCAACAUGUGGGACCGGGUCCUACGGUCUGUGGACAUCAUGGGCAUGGCCAAUUGCUCCUCUUACAUGCCCGGCAACGUGGUGCCAUGGAUGGAUGCCAACGUGGAGGUGCUGGGAGGCGCCACGAAGGCCGCUCUGGAGAUUUGUGAAGACCGUGUGUUUGAUUCGUAAGACUUUCACACACGGCUGUUGCGUGUCUGGGAUCCUGACAGAAGUUGAACUAAGCUCUGGGCUGUUUUGAAAACUUCUUGACUGAAAUGAGGUUGCAGUGCAUGGGUAGAAGCACUGCUGUAGACUUUAUACUACAAACAUGGGUCGUCUCCUUGAUCUCCACAUUUAUCUUUUGUGACAAAAUUAAUCUGUUCUGAAGAGACUCACAUUGUAAAAUGGAGAUGAUUCUGCAGACAGAUUACCAACGGACUCUGAUUCUCAUACUGCCAUUAUGUUGAAUAUCAAUAUGCUGACUUGUCUGAAUAUACUGCCUUACCUUUAACAACCACAAACCCAUUGAGUAGGUGGGCAGUGACAACUCUGUUUUAUCAGUUGAAUGUGAGCUAAUAUUGACUAUAGACAUUUUUGUUACGCUGUUGAUCACCAUGGAUCUGAGCUGCAUGGCAGGUUCAAUGAAAUUAGUUCCAUAUCCGUGGCACACAGUAAAAGAGCAAAAACUGAACUUUGAUGAAAAAAGACCAGUGGAAGGUAAAACACUUCAGUUGUAGGCAUCAAAGCAUUGUGCAUGAGUGUGGGCUGUAGCCAGUUUUAGUGGACAGAAAAAUACCUGUGCAUGUUUUUGUGAGGGAAGAGAUUUAUGUUUGUUUUUUGUACACACAGGUUUGUGAGCGGGUGUGUGUGUGUGUAUAUAUUCACCCACGCAUCGGCCCACUCUCGCAUGUCAAAAGCCCAGAGAUUAGCAGUGGUAAGGACACACACGUUCUUGUAAAUCUGCUCUAAUACCUCUCUCUCUCUCCCUUGGCCCCUUGGGUUGCUGCCAUGCCAAGCAGCUUUGUGUGUGGGUUCUAACCAUGGCUCGCACAGGUUUAAAGUAAAGCAGGAAAGCUGCCCAGGCCUGGCAGGCUGUAAGAGCCCAGGAAAGGGACAGGCCAGGGAUCACCUUCCACAAAGAAUCCUUAAUCUGUAGGCUAAAUAUCUACAUGAACAAAUUAUUAAAGAGUAUGGUUUGGUUGACCGUAAAGUUAAUUAUAUGUUGGCAUCUGCUUAGGCCUAAGUAAUGCCCUGCAAUGUAAUUGAUAUGUUCACAAUGCAAAUUUGUGUCCUGAUGACAAAAGACCUGACGGUUUUACAAGGUCAUGUCACACCUUAUUUGAAUGUUGUUGCAACAGAUAAUCAUCUAUAUGCUUGGACCAGCACAAUGUAAGUUGUUUAAUUGCCAGAGACAGAAAAAAAUUAUACCACAGAUAUCAACUUCCACUUUAUCCUUGCAGAUCAAAACUAAUCACAUUAUGAAUACAUUUUACGCUUCUUCUAGUCUGCUUCUGGUCCUCAAUAUUGUGCUGACAAUUGACAAGAGUCCACUUAGCUUCAAUGUGCUCACAUUUCGUGUACAGUAUAGUUACAAUAAUACCAAAAUGCCUGUGAAUGAAUCCCCCAUUUGUUAUAGGAAAUUAGUGUGGCAAAAAGGGUGAGCAAACUGUUAUUAAUCUUAAAAGAAAAUAUCUUGGAUAUUUGGAAGCAAAGAAAGAAGUCUAUGAAGACUUCAACAGCCUGAUGUUCAUCAGUGAAGAACGCAGUAGAACACUGGACAGCAAUGGAAUGUUGUAAAGGGGUGCACGUUUAACGUUCUAAUUACGUUAUCUGUGAACAUGUACCACAUUUGAAUGUCUUUGUAUUUGUUCUGUGAAUGUAAUUGAAUAGCACAUUUUCCUGUAGUGAUAACCGAUGAGUACACAUUUGUUUAUACGCAUCCUUUUAGUUCACCAGCAAGAUACUAUUGUUUGUUAUAUUGCCUUUUUUGCCCACCAAAUGUGCUUUUGUUUUACCGAUCUAUCAAGCAUUUUGUUUGAAGAAAAUGUAUUUUAUUUUUUUGUAUUACAAGACGACUUAUGUAUGGGAAGAUAAAAAAAAUAUUAGAUUUAUUGUUGCUUUCAAGCCACCUUCCUAUAUAUAAAUGUUUCACAUUCUUAUGCAGUGUGGUUCAAUGUCCUUUUGCACCCAAUAAAAAUUUGAAAAUUAUCACAUGAACAUUACGUAAA